GCAUUGAGUAUCCUUAGCUAGUAAGGCACCUGGGAUCCAGGUUUUCUUGGACUCCCACUGCCGAAAAAUAUGGCUUAAGGCACGGAUUUUCCGUUGAUGAAGUCAUACUAUCCGUUGCUAAUAAAAUUAACCAUUGAAAAAUGAUCAACCAAAAAUCCAUUGUUAUUUUGAGAGUUGUUGAAAGUAAACAAUGGAUUUUUCGAAGGUAAAGUGGGAAACUUUUACAAACGAAAUUUUCAGAUAAAAGUCUUUUCAUUACCAUUGGAGUUUUCGUUUUGAAUACCAACCCAGAAACUUUCAAUGCCAGCCAAAAAACAAGAAGGAAAGAGAGAAAAUUGUGAAAGUAAAGAAGAAGAGGCUAAUAAUCUUGAACUUCAACGCAAGGUCAAGUGUCAUUUUCACUUCUUUAUUGAAAAGACAAAAAAUAAUAGUGCAAAAUAAUUUACUUAUCUGUAAAGUCGUAGACAAUAAUAAAGCAUUAAUAACUCAUUUAUUUUUUUCCACAAAUACUAAAGUGCUGAGAGUGCUUUGAUAAAAAUUCCAACCUACUUGAUCACCUUUAGUCAACAUACCAUUAUUUCCAUGAAAGCAAUUUAAGAAAAAGAAAAAGAGAAGGCCAAAAGAAAGAGAAUUCCAAUCAAAGCAUUUUCUUGCUGCUUUUUACUCUGCACAACCCCACCCUUCUCUUCUUUUGCAGAUUGCAUCUUCUUCUCUCAUUUGUUGGAUGAAAUUUUUGGGUGUCAAUUUGAGCAUUAAGCAAUUUGUUUCUAAGUUAACAUGGGGUCUAUGGGCAACCCCCAGACUUGGGUGCCAUAUAUAAACAGUAAGGAUUGUACUCAAGGUUUUUGUAGUUUGUACUGCCCACAGUGGUGCUAUCCGAUCUUCCCUCCUCCGCCUCCCUCUGAUGAGUUCCCCGAUGACGACUCGGGACCGAAUUUUUCGCCACUCGUUAUCGCCAUUAUUGGAAUAUUGGCAAGUGCCUUUCUCCUUCUUAGUUAUUAUGUAAUCAUCUCCAAGUAUUGUGGCAACAGAUUUUCAUCAAGAAGAAGAGAAAAUAGUGAAGCCAACGCAGAAUUCGAAGACAAUCAAGAGCCUUCAAAUCAUGAGUUCUGGCAUGUCCCAACAAAUGGAAUUGACGAGGCUGUUAUCAAGUCUAUUACAAUGUUCAAGUACAUGAAAGGAGAUGGAUUAAUUGACGGUACAGAUUGUUCCGUUUGCCUCAGUGAGUUCGAAGAAAACGAGAGCCUUAGGCUUUUACCAAAAUGCAGCCAUGCUUUCCAUGUACAAUGUAUAGAUACAUGGCUUAAAUCUCACUCGAACUGCCCUAUCUGUCGAGCAAAUAUCGCUUGUGUCAAUGCAUCAUCUCCUCAAUUAGCCCCUUGGAUUUCAGAAACUCCUCUUGAUCGUAAUGAAUCUCGACCCCAGAGCCUGGCCGAAGAUGAGAAUCCAGAUGUGGUAGAUAACAUACAGAUAGAUAUCAGAGAAGAUGAAACUUUACAAAGAAAAGAACAGAGUUCUGCUGGGGAUUCAGAGCUUAGGAACACUGGAAUUCAAAGUAGAAGAUCAGCGUCCAUGGAUAAUAUUUCUGAACAUCAUUUUUCAAUUGCUGAUAUAUUUCGGAAUUGUCCAAGCAAGUUGCAGCUUGCAAUCCGUACUGAGGACAGAGUUUUAGGGUUAGCUCACCCUCGUGGAAUCACGACCUAUUAUCCUGGCCAUGUUAGCACGUGUAUAGCCCAGGGUACAAGGGACAAGAUGAUACAGAAGAAAGAUUAUGAAAUGGAAGAGUGCCAGUUCUUGAGUGAUAUUGGAACAUCCAAAAGGUCAGUAGAAGAAAUGAAUAGGUAUAGUUUUAGUAGUACAAGUCCUGUUGGCAUUAAGAGAUCACAUUCAUGUGGGAGGUUCUUCUUCUCCAAACGUGGAAGAGGAAUAAUUCCAUACUGAAAUUUCCAAUUUUAUUAAUUGUUUAUUUCAUUUGUCCUUCAAAUAUAAAAGCUUUCUUCUUCUUCC